AUGGCUGUGCAGCUACCCUACGGUGUUGGCUGGAUAAUUGGUAACUUUAUGAUCGUCGAGCUGGCCGGCGGCGACAAUGAAGGUAGAGUUUACGGUCUUAUCACAAUGGUCGCCAACUUGUCGUCUCCAUUCGCACAAGCGUUAACGCUUGUGAUCAAUCAGCCUCUUAACUUGACUACAGCUCGUAUCCAAGCCGAUGACAUCUCCAUCCGUACAGACCUCAUCUAUGCGGUGCUGACCAGACCAUAUUUUCGUGGGCUUUCCUAG